ACCCAUCACUCAUUUUGCCUAGUAUUUGGUAUCAAUUAGUCCGUUUCAACCUAAACUAAUUUCCAAUAAUUGUUUGCUUUUCUGCAGAUAAUUUGUGGCGAAUUCGUUUCUACGGUCAUUGUCAUAAGGAUGGAUGAUAUGUUAGAAGUGAAUAAGAGAUUAUCAAGAAAAGUACAGUUGAAAGAAGAUAUGGCGGCUUAUUAUCUUGAGAAAAUCGCAGACCAAGAAUCUGUUAUUGCCCAGCUUCAGGUUGAAAAGCAACAAACAAUCUCAACUGAUAGCGACAGUUCCAUGUUGUCACCCUGUCGAAUUGAUGAUUCUGUAAUAGAAGAGGAGGAAGUCGCUUUAUUGACUGAGUUGCUUAAUGCUACUGAAAAACGUGUAGCUCAGUUGACGGAACUGUUGGAGGCUUUCGAAGAAGCUGAGGCUCAGAAUUGUGAGGCUUCUGACAACGAUGAUGAGGUGGCCAGUGGUGCACUCUCAGAUGAAGUUAAACGGUUAGAAGAUGAAAUAUCCAAGGUGAAAACUACCAUGAAACAGGAGGAGUCAAAGCACUGUCAACGAAUCCUUGAGCUAGAAGAGGGUCGUGAUAGUUUGCAGAAAGAUAUCACUGAACUGGAACGUCAACUAAAGGAACGCCAAUCAGAACUACGGGAUAAUCAAGCUCAGUGUGAAUCCUUGAGAAUGCAACUCAAUUCUACGAGAAAUGAACGCGAGAAUUCUGCACUUUCUCAAGUUGGUUUAUGA